UAUCUCAAGCCAGUUAGUAAACCUGAUGUAACGAGCUUAUGUUUAUAAUAAUUCUAAUGUAGUAGUCAAUUACUGUUUAAAUGCUAUAUAUAGAAUUAAAUUAUAAUGCUGUCGGGAUCCACAUGCUUGGCGAAUCCCUGCCUCAUCACCGCAGUUGUUGAUGCGACCGUUUAGCUUGUUAACUCGCAAUUUAGCUAGCUUUACAAGCGGUGUCAAUGCUAUCGCUCAAUAAAUGUCUAGUUGCAAGUGUUGUAUUUUGGUAGUUAAUUGUGUGACUUAAGAUCCUGUCAUACUGUCUUAUCCAUCUGUUUACUAAUGCUAGCUAGGUAACGGAGUUGGCUUGUCACAUUGUUUAUGUUCUCUGCUCAGUUUAGGAAGUCAACCACGGACGUUUGGUCACAAGAGGCAGCGAAAGAAAGGUGUGGCGACAAGGGGGUUCCCCCUCAGUAUUGAGGCCGUAUUUCUCAACUGAAUUUGUUCCACAAGAACUGCCAAUAUGGUGUUAGCCGACUUGGGAAGAAAAAUAACCUCGGCGUUGCGAUCACUGAGCAAUGCCACCAUCAUCAAUGAGGAGAAGCUGAUGUCAACAUCAAAUUGGUGAAGCAGCUCAGAGAAAAUGUCAAGUCAGCCAUUGACCUGGAGGAGAUGGCCUCUGGGCUGAACAAGAGGCGAAUGAUCCAGCAUUCUGUGUUCAAGGAGCUGGUCAAGCUGGUGGAUCCAGGUGUCAAGGCAUGGACACCCACAAAGGGAAAGAACAAUGUCCUCAUGUUUGUGGGUCUUCAGGGCAGUGGGAAAACCACAACAUGUUCCAAGCUGGCGUACUACUACCAAAGAAAAGGGUGGAAAACCUGUUUGAUAUGCGCUGACACUUUUAGAGCUGGUGCUUUUGAUCAGUUGAAGCAAAAUGCAACAAAAGCCAGGAUUCCAUUCUAUGGAAGUUACACAGAGAUGGACCCUGUCGUCAUAGCUGCGGAAGGUGUGGAAAAGUUUAAGAAUGAGAGCUUUGAAAUAAUUAUUGUUGAUACCAGUGGUCGACACAAGCAAGAAGAUUCCCUUUUUGAGGAGAUGUUACAGGUUUCCAAUGCAGUGCAACCCGACAACAUUGUGUACGUGAUGGAUGCCUCCAUUGGUCAAGCUUGUGAAGCACAGGCUAAAGCCUUCAAAGACAAAGUAGAAGUUUCCUCAGUUAUAGUGACAAAGCUAGAUGGCCACGCCAAAGGUGGUGGUGCUCUCAGUGCAGUGGCUGCUACUAAGAGUCCCAUCAUUUUCAUUGGUACUGGUGAACACAUUGAUGACUUGGAGCCAUUUAAGACCCAACCCUUCAUCAGCAAGCUACUGGGCAUGGGAGACAUUGAAGGUUUGAUCGACAAAGUCAACGAACUGAAGCUGGAUGACAACGAGGAGUUGAUUGACAAGUUGAAACAUGGUCAGUUCACUCUUAGAGACAUGUACGAGCAGUUUCAGAACAUCAUGAAGAUGGGACCGUUUGGCCAGAUCAUGGGUAUGAUCCCAGGUUUCGGAACGGACUUCAUGAGCAAAGGUAACGAGCAGGAGUCCAUGGCCAGGUUGAAGAAACUCAUGACAAUUAUGGACAGCAUGAAUGACCAAGAACUUGACAACAAAGACGGUGCAAAGCUUUUCACCAAGCAGCCGAACCGAAUUGCCCGAGUUGCGCGGGGUUCUGGGGUUGCCAUCAGGGAUGUCCAGGAGCUGCUCACCCAGUACACAAAAUUCGCCCAGAUGGUGAAGAAGAUGGGUGGCAUCAAGGGCUUGUUCAAAGGUGGUGACAUGUCCAAGAAUGUCAACCCCUCUCAGAUGGCUAAGUUAAACCAACAGAUGGCAAAGAUGAUGGACCCAAGGGUUCUCCACCAUAUGGGUGGGAUGGCUGGUCUCCAGUCCAUGAUGAGACAGUUCCAACAGGGUGCAGCUGGCAACAUGAAGGGGAUGAUGGGAUUCAACAACAUGUGAACCACUGAGCCUUAACACAGCAAAAUAAAAAGGUUGUCAUUUGGAUUCAGCAAGAAGGUGUGGCGACGCUUUAGCAAGAAGGAGAGCAGUGUUAUUUUUGCCUCAGUAAUAUAAUUAAUGAACACGUUUGUGUAUAAAAUGAUGCAGAAAGCAUAUUUACAGGUCAGGAUAACUAAAACAAGUUCUCUGACUUUUACAGUAAUUGUAAAUGAGGCCCACAAGAUACAGAAAUUGUGGGGUCAUAUCCAUUAGGAACCAAAUGGAAGAAAUUGGCAUGAAACCGGGAGGCACCACCUGGACUUGUCCAAUAAGAUACGCAUUUAUUUUGUUGCAAUAUUUUUUUUAUGUUUUGUGCCAUAAACACAACCCUUAUUUGGAGAGCUGGUGAAUGGGUAUGCUGAUAUUAGUUUGUGAAAAUUAUUUUUGAAAAUGUUAUAAUAAAAUUUGUCUUGCAAUGUU